CUCUCUCUUUGCGAUGCAGCUAUCAGCAAGGAUAGUGGGGAUGACUCCCGGUGCAACCUCAUCGACGAUGGCCCAACCAAGUCCCCGAACAAAGCCCCCGCCAUGGAAAAAUGGCGGAAGCUUUCUGAGGGGAAGGGCAUCGUGGCCCGGGCACGCAAGGAAUCGGGGGCCCCUCUCACAAACAGUACCAAGGAUCUAAGAGGAGGAGGAGGAGGGGAGAGUAACGGGAACAGCGCAGAGGAGAUGGAUGAGGGUGAUGAUGAGGAGGAUGAUGAGUAUGUUGACGAUGAUGAUGAAGAUGGAGAUAGUAGUGAAGACACCUUAAGCAUACACAGUGGAGAUCUGCAGGAUGAUGUUUUCUGGGAUGAAAAGAGUGAGUUUGGGUUUCUAGAUGGUGAGAAGGAGGAGGAGGAGGAAUAUCGAGAUGAAGAAGAUGGGGAAUUUCAAGGUUUAGGUCUCCGUGAGUACCACUCGGAAAGCAAUUUGAUUCACGAGACCAGCUACAACAAGAACGGUCACCAUCUCCACCAGCACCACCACGACAAUCACCACCACCACAACCACCACCACUUACAUACCACCCAAACAGAUCACAACCAUCACAGCCAGCGACGCCCCACCUCACCCUCCGUUAUACCGCUACGUCAGAACAAGCUCCUGCAGGGUAAAUGUUACAAGGAGUACCGCCUUUCACGGUCCAUGCCCAAUCUAGCUGAUGACGGGCAGUUGGUGCUUUCAAUCAGCAAUGCUCAGGGACUUUUCCAGAAGGCGCAGCAGAAAGUGCGUGGUGGCCGCAGAAUAAGCAGAAUAAGCAGUCGCAGAUACAGGCAUUCCAGAAGAAACAAACCGCCAGUUCCUAGGAAACCUACGCAUCUGGCUCACAAGUUGAAUAACAAUAAACAGGGCAUCUCUUCAUCAAGUAAAGCCUCCACCAACACCACCACCACUACCACAACCACAACUUGCCCGAAGGUACAAAGCAAGCUGCCACUGACAGGGGCAAGGAGCAUAGGUGCUUCCUUUGAUGCAACAAGGAGAGUCAACAAUCUUUCUCAAGACCAAAGGACGUACGACCAGGUGUGCUUUGAGGAUCCUGCAACUUUUUCGCCAAAGCCAAAGAGCAAAAACCUUGAGCGGUUCUUGGGUAUGAAACCAGAAAUGGCGAAGCCGAUCAGUUGUAUGAAGUCCAUUGAUCCUCUCAGUCCUACCUCUGGUAGUUUGAGCAGCAGUGGAGGAGCCAAGGGGGUUAGCAAGCUUUUUUUUAGGAGAAGAUCUGAAUCGAAUGAGAAUAUGAACAACGGUGACAAACAUUAUGCUGUUGUGGACCUUCAUGAAUCAGACAGGACUACAGUAACGGGUAAAGGGCAAAAGGAUAGAAGGGGUGGGAAGAACUCUGCAUCGAGUCUCUCGCCCAACAAACUAGAUAUCCAAAGAAACUCUUCAGGGCAAGACUCAUCAAAAUUAAGUUCCGAUUCAGGGAUUUCUAUCACGAUUGAACACAGGAGAUCCUCUAGAGGGGCCUCAAUGCCCAGUGGAUUCAAGGACCCAUUAGACAAGACAGGGUCAAUAGACUCAGACUAUGUUGAGGAUGGUAGUACGUAUAGUGGGGAAUUUACAGAUUCUGAUCCUGAUCCUAGUGAAGAAGAGUUUGAGUCAAAGGAAAGACCAGCGGAAAGACCAGCGGAAACCAUCACCUUUAUCAAUCAGAGUCACAAAGUGGCCUAUGAAGUGCUGACGUCAGAGAGACAGUAUGUGGACAGGUUGCAUUUAUUGCACAAGGUGUUCGAACAGAAGAUAAGGUCUGGAAACAGCAAACACAAAUGGUUCCCCAACGAUGUCAUCAACAUCAUCUUCUCCAACAUCAGUACCAUCUAUGAGUUCCACAAAAAGUUCUUACUCACACAACUUGAAGAUAGGAUGGAGGAAUGGGAGAAGAAUCCCUGUCUCGGAGACAUCCUGGUCAGACUAUCACCUUUCCUCAAGCUCUACACGGACUAUGUAGGCAACUUUGACAAAGCUGUCAAAUGCCUCAACACGUGGAUGGUCAAGAUACCAAGCUUUGCAUCAUUACUACAAGAAAUUCAGAAAAAGCCUAUUUGCAUGUUUCUCACUCUUCAGCAUCACAUGCUGGAACCUGUACAGAGAAUACCCAGAUAUGAACUCUUACUCAAAGAAUACCUCAAGAAGCUACCAGCGGAAUCUGUGGAUAGAACAGAUGCAGAGAGGGCUCUCGGUCUGAUUUCCAAAGCAGCGCACCAUUCUAAUGAUACGAUGCAGACAAUGGAUCACUUUGCUAAGCUGAUGAAGCUGAACGAGAAGAUAGAUUUCAACGGAGAGACCAUCAUAGAUCCUAGUAGGAGGUUGCUCAAGGAAGGCAAGAUCACAAGAGUAGCGGCUAGGAGCGGAGACUUAUUAGACAGAUAUCUCUUCUUGUUUAAUGACAUCCUGCUGUGCUGCACUCAAAAGCGUCAAAUCACCGGGUCCGUCAGCUACAAAGUCAAAGACAAGAUCGACAUUGAUGGAGUCAAACUUCUUGAUGGUAAUACAUGUACAACAAGGUUUAGACUGGAAAGAUCUCCCAAGUCUCUGGAGUUUGAAACUAACACUGACGAGCAGAAAGAGGAAUGGAUGGCUGUGCUACUAGAAGCUAUCAAGGAAAUGGUGAGGAAAAAGGAUUCCUUCAAGACAAGCACCACACUCUCUGAGAGAGAUGAUGACUAUGCUAAAACUCUCGGAGAGACACAACCAAACUUAGUGAAGGAUGAUGAAACUACAAUGUGUAUGAAAUGUGGCCUGGAUUUCAACUUCACAAGGAGAAGACACCAUUGUAGAGCAUGUGGUGCCGUUGUUUGUGGUAAGUGCUCAAGCUACAAUGCUCAUCUGCCUUAUGAUGACAACAAAGCAAACAGAGUGUGCGUUAAAUGUUAUAAUAUACUCAAGAAAGUGGAAGAUCCCAUCGAACCAUCAAGAAAGUCCUUUGUAGACAUCAAUGAAGAUAAGUCGUUUGCCAGCUUUCUGUGGUACUUCCAACCUAAGGGAUCAACUUGGAUCAGAUACUGGGUAGCAGCCACAGAACAGGACCUCUUUGCCCUACGUGCACCUAAGGACGUCCGAGCAGCGCUGACCCUUCCCAUCAAGCUCUACAGAGCAUUUGAGAUGGAAGAGAAAGAUCACACGGAGAGAGACUACGCAUUCAAGCUGUGCGAAGGAGACAAUAGCUUCAUCUUUGCAGCAGAUAACAAGGAAACCAAAUACAACUGGUUGCUGGUGUUCCAUGAAGGACUUCAAAAGGUUCUUGAUCCAUCAUCCAAUAAUCGAACAAGCUCCACCGACUUGUGACCUAACGUAUAGUCGUUCAGCGACCUCUAGAGACUUGACAAUGCAAUGUACUGUUCGUGCUUCCACACCAAACUCUGAUCAUCUAGCAAGACAAGGCUCAGGAAGACAAAAUUAUUAGAAGACUUAUAUACUGUGCCCUGGUUUAUGAUCACUAUUGAUAAAAGGUCAAGAGAUGACUUUCAUGGAAACGGCGUUCUUGGAGUACAUAUCUGAACCUAAUGUGCUGGUCAGCAUGAAAAAUAGACGGACUUGCUGUUUUUCUUGGAAUGACCCCUGAAACUAUUGUUCAUCUAGAUUAAUCAGCAGAGAGACAAGUUCCUGAAUUUGAUGUGCUGUAGGAUCAACAGAAAUGAACAAGUGGUGCUAUGGGAAUUAUCCUUCUUUACUAAAUCCAUAGUGGGAGGAUCAGUACCAGUUACAUCACAUAUGCUUCAGGAUCAAAUAGUAUGCCAUUGUUAGUUUAAGGUCUAGACAGCACUGUAUUGAAUGAUUGAAACAAAUUACUGGAAUUAUAAAUAGUCUUGUACUUAUAAAUCCUGCUUUGUUUAGCUUUAAAUGUAUUUAUGUAGUGACUAUCAGGAUAACUAAACUAUCUGCUAUGUAGAAAAACAUGUUUCCACUGGAAAAUCACUUUCGUUUGUAUAAAAUGGACAUCUGCAGUUUGUAAAUAUUCAUAGUUAUAUAGUGGAAACUAGGAGAUUUUUGUACCGGUAUGUUAUAUAGGAACAAAAUUCUAUGUCAAACUAGUCCAGAGUAGAGUUGCAUUAUUAGAAGGGGUUCAGUACUGGCUUGCUUGUUAUACUUUUCAUUUGCUUCUUGAUAGGGAAAGAAUAUUAAUUGUCAUGAAAAAUGUCAGGAAGACAAUUAGCCAAAAGCAUUUAUUUUAGGUUUCAAUUGUAAGGAUUUUUUACACCUUUCCCUGCUAGUGAAGAGAUACAAAUACAUAAAUGUUUCAAGAGAGAUUAAUAUUGGAGUCAUAUCGAAACAUACAAGAAAUAUUUCUCUAUUAUCCUAGUCCUAAGCUAAUAUUCUUCACAUUCAUACUUUUUGGUUUGUUUUCACUUGUGUCAUCUCUUACAACGUAUAUUUCAUUAUUUUGGUGUGUUUAGUGGUCAAAAGCUAAGAUUGUCAGUUUGAAACACUACUUAAUGCUAAUGUUCAUUGUGUUUAUCAUAUUCAAACAUAUAUUUUUAAGAAAAUGAUUGCGCUGGUCGCUUGAAUAUCUACAAGGUAUUUAAAGAUGAGAAGAUGGUAAACUCUAUGUAAUUCUUGUCAUCAUGCAGACAAGCUCACUGUGCAAUUAUUUAUACAAACACUAUAUUAUCAUGUAAAUUUUGUUCCCACUUGUACAUGUAUAUGUGCACUGAAAGUCCCUUAUUAGUUACAUACAUAGACUAAAUAGUAUGGUGCUAUUAUAUAGACAUGAUGUCAUUUGUAUUUUUUCCCUUUUCAAUAGUUUAACAUAAGAGUGAGAUUUGUCAUGUUUUUAUCUUAACCCAUUGAAUACCAAAACCAAGAUUAUUCUAGCAGGACCCUACAUCAAAGUCAAAUCGUAUUUUACAGGUUAAUUGAUGUUAUUUAGAUCAAAGUACAUUACAAAAGCAAAUUCCAGAAUGUCAUGCCUGUUAGCAGUAGAGACAGUCAAUUUCUGCCUCAGAAUUGCUAAGGACCUGACAGACUGGAAAGGAUAGAACCAUUAAUUACAGAGAACGGAGAUAAUCCACAUCAAUGAGUUCUAGUUAUUUCAAUGGAAAAGAAAAUUUGACCUUAGUCUCAUUCAAAAAAAAAUUGCCAUGUAAGAGAUUGGGUGUAAAUCAUUUACUAUUGUCAGGAUUAUUUAUUCAAAGAAAUGAAUGAAGCCCUAGUUUUCAUGAUGUAUAAUUAUGGAACUAUUGGGACUUUAAUGAGUUUAAUUAUGUGCUUGAUACCCAGCAAUGAACAUUUUACAAAAAGAAAUCUAUUUUUAAAUAUAUUAUAAUGCACUUGUAUUGCAAAAUCUCUGACGGUUUUUAAAUAUUUUUUUAUUGAUGAAAUGAAGUAGACAGCCUUAUUUAGAUGGUAUCUUUUUGCAAUUUUCAUUUAAAGCUGUGGCACAAAGCAAUUUAUGAGCAAAUGACAUUUUUAAUUGCCUUCCUUGCUGUUGAUUUGUAAGAAAUCAGUCGUUUGAUAGUGUAUAUACAUGUAGUUAUAUAUAUGUAUGUAUACCGAUUGUACAAAUGUUUUAUACAAAGGAAUAUUAGAUUUUACCGUGAAGUGCUUGUUUCUUUUUUUCCAUAGAAAAUAUGAUAUCAGGAUUUUGUGUUACAUUUCACAUGUCUGUAAUUAUGAUGAGAAAUACAUCCAAGUAAAACAAAGGAAAAUUAGGUUCGUUUUCUUCCAAAAAACUAUUGUUCCUCUCUUAAGGAGGUGACUAUAUAACUUUCAAAUUAACUAUGCAGAUGGAAUGUAUAUAUCAGAAAUAUAUCCACUAUCCUGCAUGUUUCAUGAUAGAAUUGGGUAUUGAUAUUUACAGUAGUAGCAGUACAAUACCUUAUCACCUGUAUGACCAGUGCUAAAUAUAUAUAUAUAUACACACAGUCAUUGUUCUCUUUCACCACAUAAGUCAUCACUUGGUAUUUGAGUUAUUGAAUUUGUUUGAUAUGUUUGGCAUUAUGUUUUGUUGUCCGCAAAAUUGAAAUCAUAUUGAGCACCUUUUGGUGGAUAUAAUAUAUUUUUCAGCUUUCACUGGUAUAUAAGAUUAGGGUAUAAUCAAAAUGGCUGCAAAUAAUAUAUAUUCUUUGUGCGACUCUUUAUUUGGUGGCUUUUAAAAUACUUCUCAUUCUUUUUUAUCAAUACAUAAAAGUAUAUUAUGCUGUGCUUCAAAAAUUGAUCUGUGUUAUUUUGUAUAUGCUCCCAUUCAUGAAAAUUGAAUGACAUUAUAUUUAUGAGACUCAUAUGAAUAAUUCUCAAUACUUUUCAUGACAUAAAAUACAAUUUUUGAAGUAAAUAUACUGCAAACAAGCUAUGCCAGCUUUGGUAUAUCAAAAUGUAUUUGAUCAAUCUGGCAAUCAAACUAUAAUUUAAAGCUUUCUGAAGUUCCAUAUUCAGGUUAUGUGUGUGAAUAGGGAAUUAUAUGAUAAAGUCUCUUGUAUCUGAUAAUUUGAAUUCAAGAUAAUAUAACUCAUGUAAGGUACAUGUAGCAGUCUUGUCUAGGCAGGUCAUUAUAUUAGUUCUUUCAAUACGGUUUUAGUCAUGGUAGAUUUACUACAUAUUUAACCCACAAGAAUGUCUUCCACUUUGAUAUUAAACACAAAUCAAAUAAAAGUCGCUCAAUUCACUGAAAA